GGUUAUCGAUCCCAUCGGAAAGUGGAUGAUAGACCGCUGGUAACCGUCAUACAUGUAUAAAACGGCCCUCUCGCGCCCAUUUUUUUUAUGCCUGCUCCUUUCAUCUACUUUUUUCUCACCCGUUUUGAAGAUUAUACUCUACGAAAGAAGUCAACCUUUCCCAUCUCUUCGAAAAACUGCCGCACACAGUCUUAAAAGAGAAUCCUGAACAGAACCGAAAAGAAUACAACACCGGAAAUUAGCUAGCUUCUCCACAUGUUGUCUCUAUUCAAGGUUGUUACCGCGCUCUUCGCGGUCAACGUCUUAGCCUUAGUGUCUGCUGCCACCCCCCAAACCCACGAGUACUGGUACGAAGCCACCUGGGUUACUGUCAACCCAGAUGGUGUCAAGGAACGCCAGGCUGUCGGUUGGAACAACACCUGGCCCUUGCCAAACAUCGAGGUCAACAAGGGUGACCGUCUUAUUGUUCACUUGUCUAACGGCUUGGGUAACUGGAACACCUCUUUACACUUCCACGGUUUGUUCCAGAACGGCACCAACCAGAUGGAUGGCCCUGAAAUGAUCACCCAAUGCCCUAUUGUCCCAGGUGGGUCCAUGACCUACAACUUUACCAUUCCAGACCAGUCCGGUACCUACUGGUACCACUCCCACACCCUCGGCCAGUUCGGUGACGGCUUUAGGGGUGCUCUUAUUGUUCACGAAGAUGACUUUCCGUACGAAUACGAUGAGGAGGUUGUUUUGACCGUUGCCGAAUGGUACCACGACGACUUCUUUACCUUGAAGAAGUCUUUCUUGAACCUCUACAACCCGACCGGUGCCGAGCCAAUUCCACAAAACUUGUUGUGGAAUGACACCCGGAAUGGGACAUGGAAGGUUGAGCCGGGUAAAACUUACUUGUUGAGAAUUGUCAAUGUUGGUGCCUUUGUCUCCCAGUACUUGUGGAUGGAAGACCACGAGUUCACUGUUAUCGAAGUUGAUGGGGUGUAUGUGGAAAAGAACGUUACCGACAUGAUCUACAUCACCAGUGCCCAGAGAUACUCCGCCUUAGUCACUAUGAAGAACGACACCUCCAGGAACUAUGCGUUCAUGCAAGCGUUCGAUCUCGACAUGUUGGAUGUCCAACCAAAGGACUUGGUGGUCAAUGGUACCAACUGGAUUGUGUACGACGAAGAGGCCGAGUUACCAGGUGCUUAUGACGUCCCAGAGUGGGAGUUCCUCGAUGAUUUCUACUUGCAGCCAGUUACCAAGGAGGAAAUCUUGGACGAACCAGAUUACCGUAUUACUGUUGAUGUCAUUAUGGACAACUUGGGCAAUGGUGUCAACUACGCUUUCUUCAACAACAUCACUUAUGCUUCUCCAAAGGUUCCAUUAUUGGCCACCGUCAUGAGCAGUGGUAACUUAUCUACCAAUGCGGCUAUCUACGGCUCUAACACCCAUGCCUUUGUCUUGGAGAAGGAUGAAGUUGUUGAAAUUGUCUUGAACAACCAGGAUACCGGUAAGCAUCCGUUCCAUUUACACGGUCACACUUUCCAGGUUAUCGAAAGAGGUCCAGACUACGGCGAGGAACCGACUCCGGUCUCCUGGAACGAAACCGAAGAGUAUGAUGCUCCAGAAUUCCCAAUGAGAAGAGACGUCUUGUACGUCAGAGCCCAGUCUUUUUUCCGCAUAAGAUUCAAGGCCAACAACCCAGGUGUCUGGUUCUUCCACUGUCAUAUUGAGUGGCAUUUAGCCCAAGGGUUGGCUCUUGCGUUGAUCGAAGACCCUGCUGGGAUCCAGGAGAAAGAAACCUUGGGUGAGAACUGGUUGGCUAACUGCGAAGCGGCCGGCGUCAAGACCAUCGGUAAUGCCGCUGGUAACUCUGAGAACUUUUUGGAUUUGACCGGUGAAAACGUCCAGCAAAAGCCAUUACCAGCUGGCUUCACUGCCAGGGGUAUUGUGGCAUUGGUCUUCUCCUGUAUUGCCGGGUUAUUGGGUGUUGUGGCUAUUGCCUUCUAUGGUAUGGCUGAUAUCUCCAACAUCGAAGAAAGAAUCGCUCGUGAUUUGGACGUUGACUUGCACGAGGAGGAAGAGGCUGAGGGUUACUCCCACGAGCAAUACUCUGCCGAAGUUUCCAAGUAAGGGUAAAGGCUGCCUAGACGGACAUGUGCUGCAUUGAGUUUCACCGGCGUACUAAAUACCGGCGACGAACCUCGAGUGCCACUACCAUCCUCUUUCUUUCCAAUCUUUUCGUUUCCCGUCUUUUAUCUCGUUUCCCGCGGUUGCGGUUGGUUGUUCCCUCAGUGUGUGGGGGGACCUUCAAUAGCAACCGUUAUGGCUGAUAUCGAUGAUGGCGAUUCUGUGAGAGAGUGUGUGCACUUUUUUGAACUGUGUUUGAAAACUGAGUGUUUUUUUUUUCUUUAUUAGAAUUUUUUCUCCUUUUCUUUCUUAUUUUUAAUGCCAUUAUACGUGUGUGUGUGUGUU